GAGCGCGCGCAGGCCCCGCCCUGUCUGCGAGCGGCGGGCAGGCUCCAGAGGACCGGGCUCUACUGCCGGGGUCAGCUGGGUAAGGAGACCUGCUUGAAAUGUGGUUUCAGCAAGGCCUCAGUUUCCUUCCUAUAGCUCUUGUAAUUUGGACAGCUGCUGCUUUCACGUUUUCAUACAUUAUUGCAGUAACACUCCACCAUGUUGACCCUGCUUUGCCUUAUAUCAGUGACACUGGAACAGUGGCUCCAGAGAAGUGUGUGUUUGGGGCAAUGCUAAAUAUUGCUGCACUUUUAUGCCUUGCUACCAUUUACGUUCGUUAUAAGCAAGUUCAUGCCCUGAAUCCUGAAGAGAACCUUAUCAUCAAAUUAAACAAGGCUGGCCUUGUACUUGGAAUACUGAGUUGUUUAGGAGCUUCUCUUGUGGCAAAUUUCCAGAAAACAGCCCUUUUUGUUGUACAUGUCAGUGGUAGUGUGCUCACUUUUGGUAUGGGCAUAUUUUACAUGUUUGUUCAGACCAUCCUUUCGUACCUAAUGCAGCCCAAAAUUCACGGCAAACAAGUCUUCUGGAUCAGACUACUGCUGCUUGUCUGGUGUGGAGUAAGUGUACUUAGCAUGUUGAUUUGCUCAUCCAUUUUGUACAGCGGAGACUUUGGCGCUGAUAUAGUACAAAAACUUCACUGGAAGCCUGAGGAUAAAGGUUAUGUGCUUCAUAUGGUCACUACUGCGGCAGAAUGGUCUAUGUCAUUUUCCUUCUUUGGCUUUUUCUUGACUUAUAUUCGUGAUUUUCAGAAAAUUUCUUUACGUGUGGAAGCCAAUUUACAAGGAUUAACCCUGUAUGACACUGCUCCUUGCCCUGUUAUUAAUGAACGAACACGACUACUUUCCAGAGAAUUUUAAUGAAGGGAUAAAAGGUUUCUUUGACGUUUAUAAUUCUCAGGGAUAGGGGAAAGGGUCACAAAAGCUACAUAUUACACUCUGAAAUUAUCAACCAGUUAAUGAAGGCUAUCUGUGACAUUGAUGAAUACUGAUAAUCAGGAGACAUAAAGCCAUUUGAUAAUUAUUUUAAAGGAUAUCACUUAAAAUAUUUAUGCCUGUUCUUUUUAUCCUAGAAAAUAAAACCAAAGAACUACAACAUUGUAAUUUUUUCUACUUUAAGAAAAACAACCUAAAAUGUACCAAAUAGUCUGUAUAGCCCAGCCUUUCACAAUUUAUAAGUGAUUGUAAAACCAUGUUUUCAUGGGAACACUUUCAUGAGAACAUUUUCAUUUACCCCAAAUAAUCAGUAUUGGUCAUCCUUUAGAACUGAGUCUUGAUGUUGAAGUGUUACUAUCCUAAUACAUUUCUUACAGCCUUGGAAAACAUUUUUUCCUGGAAUCUGUGUAUGGGAGAACUGAAUUCAAGUGAAUUCUUUUGUAGCAUUAGUUUUGCACAAGUGUUUCUACUAUAAGGUCAGGAACAAUGCUAACUGAAAUAUCAUAAAUGCUUGUGGUAGUUCUAUGAAGCCUAGUCUCUGAUGUCAGAUUUUAAUUACCAGUCAAGGAGAACAGUAUCUGUAGAAAAUUUAUUUCCAUUAUGUUUUAUAUAAAAUGAGGGUUAAUAUUCGUGAAUGAGAAGUUUAUGAAUAAUGGCAGGUAUGAUUAUUAUUAAACAGAAACCACUGCAAAGUGCAGUCAAGAGCUGCUCAGAUUUUCAUUUAGAGGAAAUGAUUGAUUUUUCUAGAAUGCACGUUCUGAAGAAUGAAAUCAGAAAUAUUAAUACAUAAACAGCAAUCUAAGUUCAAAAUAAUAGUCAUACAUACAUCAAAUGAAUUUUCUCUGCUUUUUUGUGGUUAGGCAAGUGAUAUGUAUAGUUUCUACUUUGUCAGAUCUGUGUAGAUAAAGAAUGAUGUACAUAUCUCUGAUAAGAUUAAAAGGGAAAAAAUGUAUAUCUCCUAUAUAUCCAGUGACAGAGUUUUUGCAAAAGAAUGUUUGAAGAUUAGCAAGGUUUAUAUUUUUUUCAAGAGAUAAUUCCAAGAGCAUAAGGAAAAGUGGUAAGAAAAAGUUUAAAAUGUAAGAAACAAGGGAAAAUGCUUAUAUGAUGGAACUAGCGACUUCAGUUAUAAACAAGUUGCUAGUUAUAGAAAUCAGUAAGAAUAAUAUGUCUGACUAGUAAAAUGGAAUAAAAUACUAUUUACCUA